UUAAACGAAAGACUGAUUUAACAGUUUAGUUGACUUAUACCAAUGAUGUAUGGUUUUGUAAGUUAACGAGAACGCAUAUAUAAUCAUAAACAAUGAUUAAUGACAUUUUUAUGAGAGAUGGAUGUGUAUGGUUUUUCUGUUUUGGACAUUCAACCGAAACGGGAGAAUCUAUUAAAAAGAAUUGAAACGAAAGGGAUUGUCGGGGAGAUUUAAUUGGCUUCGUAAUCCUUUUCCAGUGUGCUAAACUCACCUAACACUUAAAACAAAUAAAGACAGCUUAUUCGUUUAGGGUUUUGAAUCAAACGUCUCACCUAAACCCUAAAUAAAUGGAACUACGUGCAUACGGUUUAGAUAUGUUUCAUAAUUCAAAAAAAAAAAAAUUAUGAUGAAAAAACGAUAAUUAAGAAAUUUACAUAAAAAAACUAGGUGAGGACAAAGACAAACUCAUUUGAUUAAGAUAUGGCUACUUAUAGCAUUUAUUACAAUUAAUAGGUAUAACAUGAAAUCAUGAACAUUCAUUAUUCAUGUCCCUAAUAAAUCAAUAAUUCAGAUUAUUACAACAUACUCUUUCAAGUGUCCACUACUAUACAAUUACAUGUGUGGGCUCUGUAGCUCUAGGUCAGAUUGCACACAUCAAAAGUGUCUUUUUUUCUUCAAACACCAUUCAAUUAUUUUAAAGGUCACAUGUCUGGCCAAUUCCAUAAAUAGAACACACACUUUCACUUCCCACGACCACAUCACUUCACAUCUAUUUCCAAAUUUUACUUUCUUUCUCUUUAUAUAUUCUCUAUAGGCUAUAUACACAAAAUACACAUGGAUCCUUCCGUCAAAGAAUAUCAAGAAAUGUUAAAAAUCGAGAAACGAGGUCAUCAAGAUCUUGAUUUAGGCUUGACCCUUUUCCGUGGUACGACUUCAUCAGAGUUCAAUCUCAUCGAUUCUUUUAAAUCCAGCUCAUCGUCGACUUCUCAUCAUCUUCACAAUCAUCAAGAACAUUUGGAAGAUCCGAGAGUGUUCUCAUGCAACUAUUGUCAAAGAAAGUUCUAUAGCUCACAAGCACUAGGCGGUCACCAAAACGCUCAUAAACGCGAACGCACCUUAGCCAAACGCGGGAAGUACUACAAGAUGAGUCUCUCCUCCUCCCCUCCUUCCUCGGCGUUCGCGUUUGGACACGGUUCAGUCAGCAGAUUCGCAAGCAUGGCAUCGUUACCGUUACAUGGCUCGACUAGUAACAGAUCAACGCUAGGGAUUCAGGCUCAUUCAACGAUCCAUAAUCCCGUUUUAGGAAGACAAAGAGCGAGUUUAAGUCAUGUUUUCAAACAGAACGUUCACCAGAGACCGGCCAUCGGAAAGAUGCUGCCAGAGAAAUUUCACCUUGAAGUGGCCAGCAGUAAUAACAGUAAUUUUACUGCUCCUGAGUUGGAGAGGAUUGGAUAUUUCAAGAACAAGCAAGAAGAUCAUAACCAGUUUAGCAAGAUUGACUUGACUCUUAAGCUAUAAUCUCUUAUUGUCAUCGUCUUUUAGUCUUUAUUACUGUAACUUUCAAUUAUAUAAAUAUCUUUUGAUGCUU